AUGGAGUUGUUGGACCUACCGCCAGAGAUCUUCCAAAAGGUCAUCGAGAGCUAUGUUCAUACUGUUGGGGUCUGCAAGGCAUGGAAGCGUCGUAAGGUUUGCAAAACAUUCACGGCCUUCGUCUCCGAGGAAUGUCUUGGCAGACAGUCCAUGACGGCGUAUCCAGAUCCCAGAGCCGAGAAACUGGUCGCCCAGAACCUUGGAUUAUUCCUUGAAUACCGCUUCAAAGUUUCUCAUGGGGCACCGGCUUUGUUAACUACUCUGAUUCGGAAUGUCGUCUAUCAGUUCAUGACUGCUACCAGCCAGUCAACGCAAACAGUCCGUGCAGCCUAUACAGAAAAAGCUUGCAAUGCCAUGAAGGGUUGCUGCAGUAUCUGGAGCGCCGUGCACCUCGCCACAAGUCCAUCCUCUCUCGCCUGUACUAUGGUAUCGAACGAACGGGUUGAAGCGCACUGCUUGGUGAUCGCCGUCUGGAUGAAGGAUUUAGAGCUUGUCACUCACUACCUAUCUCAUGGCGUCUCUAUAUGGGAUAAACCCGGCGUCUUUUUAUCCCCCAUCGCUGUUGCUGCACAAAUCCGAGCCAACGACGUCGUAUCUCAGCUCCUGGAACACGCAAGGAGCCUUCUCACAAAUACAGCCAAAGCAAAAUUGAACAGAGCGCUCGAUGACGCCACAUGGGCUGCUGUGGCCUCUCGAAACUGGGAUACGGCCACCGUGCUGAUAGACUGGUGGUUUCAGCAUUGCCGUAAGCCACAACCGCCAACAAUCGUGGCAUGGGUCAGCAAAGCAAUCAGUGCUCAUGCGACAUAUUUCUUACACGAAUUACUCGAGCAGAACCUUUCCUUGGCAACGAAAAGUCUACUCAUCAAACGUCUCUACGGUCCAGAAGUCGAAUCGUGGGGCGAUGGCGCUCAGGACCUUCUCAUAGAAGCUUCGAUUGGUCGCAACCUGAUGGAUCUCCGAGGAGGUUACCACCGUAAAAGGCCGAGAUCAUUCUCUGGAUCUCUGUUAGCACUGGCAGCUCGAAAAUGCGACAUCAAGAUCGCCAAGAAAUGUCUGGAGUGGGGUAUGAGCUCGAACGGAUUGCGGAGCGUCUCUGAUAGAUUCGAACACCCACUCGUCGGAGCUGUGGCUCGGAGCGACAAAGCGAUGGUCAAGUUGUUGCUUGCCCAUGACGCUGACCCUGAGCCAGCUCAUAAUCACAUCGUCCGCUUUGGUCUUAGAUGCAAGAGCAGGGGCAAGAUCUCCAAAAAGAUUGCGAAACUGAUACAAAAAGCGGUUGAUCGCAAAAAAGCGAACACCAUCACGGACGCUUAG